AUGUGGGUCGAACUACUGGUUGCCGUCGUGAUCGUCGUGAUCACGGCUACGGCAGUGAAUUGGUAUCUCCGAUCUAGUGAGGACAAGAGAAACACGUGGCUCACGUCAAAUCUCGGAGUGCCAGAUAUCUACGUGUGGGACGGUAAUUUUUUCUACUAUCUUGCCGCUUCUUUGUCUACUUCCUCCAAUAGAUACAAGGAAUAGGAACAAGGUCGACGCGCGUACUAACAAACAAGUGUGUUACACCAGCGAUUACGAUGUCUACUGUAGUAUUCGGUUUCGGUUUCAUCUAGAAGUUCCUAUAGUAUAUUGAUUCGCAGCCAGUAUGAUAGUACCCGGUCAAAUCAAACAACGGCUGUCACUACCUACCAAUAAAACAGAGAAGCUGAUAAAGGAAAAAGAAGACGCAUAUUUUGACGCUUUGGAGGAUGCGGAGAGGAUAUAUUGCGAAAAGAACAACGUAGGACCAGACCAGGACUUAGACCCGAAGUGGCCCAGCCAGCUGGAUCCAGUGAUCAAAAACAAAGUCAAGUACUUAUUGAGCAUGAAACUUAACUUCGCUUCUCGUCGCGGUCUGUACCUUCGAGCUUGGUGUGUUUUACUUUCAUAGCACAGGUAGGUUAUAUUAAAACUGAAGACUGUUGUGCUGCUGUAUUCGAUUACAAUUUAUCAACAUCUAUUUGUAUCAUCUCCAAAUAAUCGCUCAAAAUCUACACGACAACUCAUUACAACAGGAUGAAGUUGAUGGAUCGGACGAUGGCGUGGGUUCAUACAUAUAGGCUCAUGGAGGCCGAAUUGAAAAAGAGCCAGCCGUUGUGGAGGCAAAAUAUAAUAUCACCCAAAUAUUGGACCAGCCUUAAAGACGCGGAGGAGAAGCUGGAAAAGCAAUUCACGCUUAUAAAAAAAGAAGUGGCGAUGGUAUACUGCUCUAUACAAGAACAACCACGAAUUGUAAUCAAUUUUUCGCUAAAUUGUCUAUAGAAUGGAAAAAGCUCAUCAUCAUCAUCAUCAUCAUCACCAUCAUCAUCAUCAUCAUGACGAUAGCCAAAAAUUUUUGCAGUGAUGGUUGUGCCCCACUAGUCUUCUUGAGAUUGACAGUAGGUGAAUAUCAUUGCUCCGAUAGGAACUUCUUCGUUUUCAUUUUUUCCAUUCUCUCCACUUCAACAAAAACAACAGAUCGACCCAACGAACCCGAAUCAAACGGAAAUUUUCCGAGAGUCAUGUCGUGUCAUUGACCAAUAUGGUUACCCACCGAAAAUGCCACAAGAGCAGCCGAAACCAGCAGAGCCACCAGGCGUCAACAAUGGACGAAUCAUAGAACGAGUCAUCGACAACAAAACGUAUUUGCUUAGAAUCUACUUAGUAUUCCAGCUAAUGAUCAUCGCGAACAUGAACACAGCCUUACUUAUAAUUACACUUGAUGAAAUAGUACUUGUACUGAGAACAUGUUCAAGUACGAGAUUCUUUCGUGGUGUUGUUAAGGUUGAUCGACCAUGACCCCACGCUCUCCUUUCCAUCCAUCUACUUAGGUUUGAGUGUCUUCAAGGGCCAAAUGACUCAGAGCUUGUGGUGUAUGUGCCAGCGGACACAACCGCGAAAGACUUGCGAGUUAGAGGGCAGAGGAAUAUGGUGCAGAUAUGGAGAAAGGGCGAAAUUCAUUGGGAACGUAAACUACACGAGCUCGCUAGCUGUAGACCAGACCCGAAUUGGCAACUUGUUAGGAAGGUACUGUUUUUUUCUUUUUGUUUCGAUAUACAACUUUCAACUCAUACAUCUUUUUGGUUUAUUGAUGAUCUACUAACUUUAUCCAUGAUCAAAAAGUAAAGACAUUCUUCUAAGCAAAAAGUAAAGUCGUGCAUUCUUCAUUCAUUCAUAAUAAAUACGAAAUAAAAUUUCAAUGAGUUGCUGUUAGUUUAGACGACAGUUCUUCUACUUCUUGUACGGUAUUAUAUCAACGACGUGAUACAUCGUACCAUUACAGACCGAUUUCGAAGUCGGAGAUGAGGUUAUUUUAGGCGGACUUAGCAAAGCGGAGCUCAACGGACAAAAGGGAAAGUACACUUUCUUAUACACUUGUUCUUCAGGAAAUUUUUGAUCGUGAUCAAGAUCAUCAUCAUCUUAUCGUUCGUGGUGUUUUGAUAAAAUGAAUUGUGAUGCAUCCAGUUUUUUUUUCUUAAUUUUCAUGCAUUUUUUGCAUCAACUUUUUUAUUCUUAAGAUAUCACAAUAUCAGUGAAAAUUAUGUCCCCGGUCAACCCCAACUCGAACUCCACGACCUUCGUUCUCCCUCCCCCAUCCUCUGCCAGGGUACUCAAGGGUACAAAGGACACGAUCGCGAAGGGGCGAGUGCGAAUCGACCUCGGUGCGGGUAUCAACCCACUUAGCAUCAAGAAGGAGAAUCUGACGAACACAGAAGAGUGGAGGAAAUGCGCAGUUGUGAUGACACUGGAGAAGGAGAAAAAAGCAACGAUCUGGCCGAUGCCGCCAUGGGCUGAGAAGAUUCCCGAUGAAAAAUGCGAGCUAUUUUACAAGGCGAUGCCCGCUUCUUCGAACAACAAGUAGUUGUAGUACUAGUAGUUCUGGUAAGAUGAAUAAUAUAAUAAGUAGAUAUACUAGUAAGAUGAGAAAGCACUCACAGUGAGUGUUGGUGAUCAUGAUGUUGUAUCUAAACCUCCCCAUCGAAAUCGAGGACAUCUGCAACUUCAUCUAAGUACCAAUCGAGCUUGUGAUUGCUUCUUUUUUUCAUUUCUACAUCUGCUGUCAUGAUCACAGAGCUGGUUGACCAGCACGUUGGGGCGCUGCUCGUUCCACUGUCAUUUUUUUUUAUAGAUACUAACAUCAAGAACUUGAAAUAUCUGUACUUCCGCUUUCCUGCUCCUGGGGAGGUGUGGGUGGGAUGCUGGAGGAAGUCUGAUCUUUUCUACUUAUUUACAAGUAGACCGUCGAUCAAUUUCAGCUAGUCGAUCAUCUUCUGUCAUUUCUGAGUCGUAAUCUCAAAGUCACUUCGAACUGGUGACAACAUAUUAAAUGGAUGUAAAUGGCGAAGGUGCGAUGCAUCAGGCGGACGCGUCGCUAAAGAUCGAGCGGGUGCAGCACCAGCACGCUAGAAUUUUUAUGGAUGUAACUAUAAUUCUCCUACCGGAUCAUGAUGUUCGCUCUUCCUACGCACCGCCCACCCAAUGAAUGGAAUGUCUCCCUCCCCUGGAUGCCCACGACGCCCACCACCUACGCCUACAUUGUAAUGUAAAUGUUACUUCUCAACUCAUCUCUCUACUUUUGAGUACUCAUCAACAUCUGAUGGAUCGUAUGGAUGUGACUGAUAAAUCAAACUUUUGGGAUCAUGAAGGAAAUACAAAGUAGCAUCAGAAACAGAGGAAACGAUGAACAAAUACAAAAGCAUGUUAUGAAUUUCUUUCUGCCUGUUAGAGGAGUCUCGAGGAAAACUCCCUGCUCAGGUGAUUCAGGUGUCAUCAGCGUUCCUCAUUUACCUUGUAUUUCUGUAAUUCUGGUGGAUGAAACGGUCAUAAAAU